UCCAGGCUGAAACGGGGGGGUAAUGACAGUGCGAGCUCUUGAUGGUGUGAGACCACCCCAGAGCCAGGAAAUGGCUACAGCCUUGGAACUAGAGGACCAGGAUCUUUGGGAAGAAGAGGGAAUUCUGAUGGUGAAACUGGAAGAUGAUUUCACCUGUAGACCAGAGUCAGUCUUACAGAGGGAUGACCCUGUGCUGGAGACUUCCCACCAGAACUUCCGACGAUUUCGCUACCAGGAAGCAGCAAGCCCUCGAGAAGCUCUCAUCAGACUCCGAGAACUUUGUCAUCAGUGGCUGAGGCCAGAGAGGCGGACAAAGGAGCAGAUCCUCGAGCUGCUUGUGCUGGAACAAUUUCUUACUGUCCUGCCUGGAGAACUGCAGAGCUGGGUGCGGGGCCAAAGGCCAGAAAGUGGCGAAGAGGCAGUGACGCUGGUGGAGGGUUUGCAGAAACAACCCAGGAGACCAAGGCGGUGGGUGACUGUCCAUGUUCACGGCCAGGAGGUCCUGUCAGAGGAGACAGUACAUCUAGGAGCAGAGCCUGAGUCACCUAGUGAGCUGCAGGAUCCUGCGCAGACCUUGACCCCUGAACAGUCCCAUGAGGAAGCCACACAGAGCCCAGAUCUGGGGGCACCAGCAGAACAAAGCCUGUGCCAGGAAGAGGAGCUCCAGCCGCUGCAGGAGAGCGAGGUUCCAAUGCCCCAGGACCCAGACCUUCCUGCAGAAAGGAGCUCUGGAGACCCAGAGAUGGUUGCACUUCUUACUGCUCUAUCACAGGGACUGGUAACUUUCAAGGAUGUGGCCAUAUGCUUCUCUGAGGAUCAGUGGAGUGAUCUGGAUCCAACACAGAAAGAGUUCUAUGGAGAAUAUGUCUUGGAAGAAGACUGUGGAAUUGUGGUCUCUCUGUCAUUUCCAAUCCCUAGACCUGAUGAGAUCUCCCAAGUUAGAGAGGAAGAGCCUUGGGUCCCAGAUAUACAAGAGCCUCAGGAGACUCAAGAGCCAGAAAUCCUGAGUUUUACUUACACAGGAGAUAGGAGUGAAGAAGAAGAAGAGUGUGUUGAGCAGGAAGAUCCAAGUUUGGAGGAUAUACACAGGUCUAUUUCAGGAGAUCCAGAAAUUCACCAGACUCCAGAUUGGGAAAUUCCCUUUGAGGAUAAUCCAGGUAGACCUAAUGAAAGGAGAUUUGGUACAAAUAUCUCUCAAGUGAAUAGUUUAAUGAAUCUUCAGGAAGCCAUACCUGUUCACACCCUGUUAGGGAGACAUCAUGACUGUCCUGUAUGUGGAAAAAGCUUCACUUGUAACUCCCACCUUGUUAGACACCUGAGAACUCACACAGGAGAGAAGCCCUAUAAAUGUAUGGAGUGUGGGAAAAGUUACACGCGGAGCUCACAUCUUGCCAGGCACCAAAAGGUUCACAAGAUGAGCACUCCUUGUAAAUACCCCCUAAACCGUAAGAAUUUGGAAGAGACCUCUCCUCUGAUCCAGGCUGAGAGAACUGCAUCUGUUAAAACUGUUAAGAAACCCUAUAGAUGUGAUGAUUGUGGGAAACACUUCCGCUGGACUUCAGACCUUGUCAGGCAUCAGAGGACACAUACAGGAGAAAAACCCUUUUUCUGUACUAUUUGUGGCAAAAGCUUCAGCCAGAAAUCUGUGCUAACAACACACCAAAGAAUCCACCUUGGAGGCAAACCCUACUUGUGUGGAGAGUGUGGAGAGGACUUCAGUGACCACAGGCGGUAUCUGGCACACCGGAAGACACAUGCGGCUGAGGAGCUCUAUCUCUGCAGCGAGUGCGGGCGCUGCUUCAACCACAGUGCAGCAUUUGCCAAGCACCUGAGAGGACAUGCAUCAGUGAGGCCCUGCCGAUGCAAUGAAUGUGGGAAAAGCUUCAGUCGGAGGGACCACCUCGUCAGGCAUCAGAGAACACACACUGGGGAGAAGCCAUUCACAUGCCCUACCUGUGGAAAAAGCUUCAGCAGAGGGUAUCACCUAAUCAGGCAUCAGAGGACCCACUCAGAAAAGAGGUCCUAGCUAGGUCCCCAUGUGAGAUCUUCAUUCAGCCCUCAUCUGAAGGAUGUGAGGGGUAGGAAGAGCUCUUUUGUCAGGCUGGGAAGACCUUUUCUAGGGAGUUUCCCUGACCUGCCCAGAUCUUACUUCACCUCUUCCCACAGCUAAAUAAAAGCCGUGGGUGGAACCUCUCUGCCUUCUUCUACACCUUGAGGAGAUGUUUUGCCCAAAGUACAAGCAGAAUUGAGGCUUCUCUUUCACAGGAGUGCUCCUGCCUCUACCUCAUGGGCAUGAAGUAGGAGAACCAGAAGACUUAAGAGGUUAUGGUUACUAUAUUGUCCAAAAAAUAGGCUGUUACAUAUCUUAAAGACUACAUAACAGCCUCAAGUUCAAAAUGGCCAAGGACAGCCCCUUAGGUUAGGUAAGGGACCAGCCUGAAGGAUUCUGUCCUUAUUAGGUUCAAAUCUUAAAGCACACAGCUCUGAACUCAAGACAGGAGGUUUGCGUCCUGAUGGCUUUGCCACGUACUCACAGGAUAACUGACAAAUCCAUCGCUGUCUGAUUGACUUCUUACCAUGCACUUUCCUUUGAUGCUGGGGAGAAAUGGGAGAAGUGGACAAAAACCUCAAGGCUGCUUCAUAUGGACCUUGUCAAGCUGCUCCCUCCCCCUUUGUCAAAAUGAUACCAGGUGCCAGACACUGCUGGAAAGGAGGACCUAGUCAGAAGCCUCUUUCCUUGUGGGGUUUUUUUUUUUCUCUGUUAAAAUAUUAUUCCUUUAGCCUUCUUACUAUUCAGCUAGUCUCUUGGUUUUGUCCCUAGCACUUCUACUACAAGUGACAUGUAGCAUUUGGGUGGUGAGGGAUUCAGCAAAGCAUAAUUAAAUCAUGAAAUCAUUUACAUUGCCGCAUACGUACAAACCCACCCACCUCUCCCCAGCCCCUUCACAUGGGCUUUGUGAGUGAGGGGAUUUUGGAACAGUGUCAGCUUAUGAAAGCACUAUAAUAAUUACAGAAUCAUGAUUGACUGGGUCACUUCAUUUACAUGAAGAAAACUGAAGAUCAGACUAUGGAAAGAUGAGAAAAAGCUCUUGCUGGCCAAGACCGUCAAGACUAUUCUCCUGAUACCCAAUCCCUAUCAGCCCUGCCUCAGUUCUCUGACACCAUGGAAAAUUAUGAACCCCAGCACCUGGGACCCUGAGGAGUUUACCAGGAGUAAAUGGCUUUCAUGUAUUCGUGUUGUUUUCUUUUUCUUAAUGUGAUUUCAUUUUCAUGUAGCUAAGAACUAAAUAGUAGUAUCUCUGAUGGCCCAAGGAUCUCUGUUGCCUGUUAAAGGUUCUGUGGAGAUGUAGGCUGAAUAGUUAUGACCCUCGCCUGCUCUAACUGUGGGAGUGGCAAGGACUGGGGAGACGACCCCCAUGAAUGGAGCACAGGGUACAGGAUUAAAGCAUGAGAAGGAGACAGCCUUCUGUGCCUGGUUCCUUCUGCUCUAAUUCACAAUCUACAAUCCAUUGUGGGCCAGCGUAUACCAGAGGUUAUGGGGGAGUUAAUAAGACCCCAACCCUAACAGCCCAACAAAGAAAUUCUUAUUUUGGUCAAUAAUGAUAUUCUGAUGGACUGGUUUGGUUUUAAUACUAGUCAACCAUUGUCCUGCUGGAAAUAUGCACAUAUGAAAUAAAUAAAGGUAACACAGCCAUGUUCCCUGGUUCCUGGGACUUUUCCAUCUUACCUAUUCCUAUUCCAGGACUUCAAGGUCCAGAUGCUUCUGAAGGUCAUUCAUACAAAUAGAUCUGAAAGUACAGAGUAGUUUUCCAUGACGAUAGGGAAGGCUUGGAAUGGUUAGCUGAACCACAGGUGGAAUAUAUGCACACUGAGAUGAGGUCCAAGCCUGGAGUUUGCAGAAGAUGCUAUCCUGAUGGGCAGGCAUUUCUCAACCAUGUAUCUAAAGUCUAAGCACGUUUGUCCUGGGUGAAAUGUCAUAGUCUCAAAAGAUAAUUUCUCCUAGCUUGUACUUACCAUUUAUAGAAGUUGAUGACAUACUGGAGGUGACAGAACAAAUUGACUUUCUAUUUUCUGAUUUAUCUGCAUUAUUGAAAUCAGUUAAAAUCUGUCAAGAGAAUUC